GAGGUCCGCCAAGGCGCCCAGGAGGGCCCGCCGCUUCCGCUUCCGCCCGGGCCAUGCUGGGCUGUAGGCGGGCGGCGUCGGCUGUCUCUGCGGGGAGCGGGUGGUGGGCGGCCUGUGUGAGCGGCCACCGUCGCCUCCUCUCCAUGGCGAAAAGCAAGUUCGAGUAUGUGCGGGACUUCGAGGCGGAUGACACCUGUCUGCCCAACUGCUGGAUCGUAGUCCGUCUGGACGGCCGCAACUUCCACAGGUUUUCUGAGCAGCAUGAGUUCAAAAAACCAAAUGAUGACCGUGCACUUCAGCUGAUGACCCGGUGUGCCCAGACAGUAAUGCAAGAAUUGGAGGAUAUUGCUAUUGCUUAUGGACAGAGUGAUGAAUAUAGUUUUGUUUUCAAAAAGAAGAGUAGAUGGUUUAAAAGAAGAUCAAGUAAGUUCAUGACCCAUGUGGUCUCCCAGUUUGCCUCAAGUUACGUUUUUUAUUGGAAGGAUUACUUCAAGGACCAACAGCUUCUGUACCCGCCAGGAUUUGAUGGACGCAUUGUGUUGUAUCCCAGCAACCAAAAUUUAAAGGACUACCUGAGCUGGAGACAAGCAGAUUGUCAUAUUAAUAACCUUUAUAAUACAGUGUUUUGGAUGCUUGUACAGCGAAGUGGCUUGACACCAGUGCAAGCACAGGAUAGGCUCCAGGGCACUUUGGCUGGAGAUAAGAACGAAAUCUUGUUUUCUGAAUUCAACAUCAACUACAACAAUGAGCCUUUGAUGUAUAGAAAAGGAACUGUCUUAAUAUGGCAGAAGAUCAGUGAAGUUGUUACUAAGAAAAUAAAACUGCCAGAGGAAGCAGAAGAGAAGGAAGUGGAAGUGACCCGAACUAAGACUAAAGUUGUUCCCCUGCACUGUGACAUUAUUGGGGACCAGUUCUGGGAGGAAUAUCCUGAGAUUCUGGCUGAGGAUAGCUGAUGCCUCUAACAAGCAUAAACUGGUAGUUUACAUUUUGUUCUGCAUGGGUUGUUGACAAGUAAGGAGGUGGUUGACAGGGUUAACUCAUACCUCUGCAACAGCUACACUGGUUUUAGCACUGCUGUUGCCUGAAAAGAAAGACACUGGUAUGUUGUCUGAUACACAAGAAUAUUCCCAUAUGGAAAAUCUAUGAUGUAAACUUUUAAAUGUUAAAUUAAGACUUCUCUUUCCUUGUAAUUGCAUAUUUGUAGGGAAAGCCUACAUAAAUUUUGUGCAUUUCUAUAGCAUUUAAACCAUCAGGUGUUCUACUGAGCUAUAAACAAGGUUGCAUCAUUGAGCUGUUAAAAGCAAAGGAGAAAAUAAUUCUCAGCUUGUGUUUCAAGUGAGGUGGACCAGAAUACUGCAAUUGAUAUUUAGUGUUAAAUCUCAAGGCCAGUGUGUUUAGUUACAAACUAUUCAGCUGCCUGACUCACAGAAAGGAAAUGGGGUAGCCCAGCAGUGACUGAUUUUCAAAGCUUUUAUCAAAUGUACAGGGCUUUUAUACUUUUUAAAAAUAAUAAAAUAACAAUAAUUUA